GACGAGGAGAGUGCAGCGCAAGAGGCGCACCUCUCCGUGCCUUUGGAUUACUUUUCCGACAGCUUCUCCCUGGAGCAGCAUCAGAUCUUCCGGCAGCCACUGGAAAGCGCCGUGGACAUGCAGGAGGAGAUACACUCCCAGCUCUCCGGGUACAUGGAUCUCGUGGAGGUGUCACUUUUCGAGCACAUCCGCAAAGCACAGCGCUAUCGACUCUUCGACUCCUUAGCUGACCUCAAUGAGCCUUUGCAGCAAGAUCUGUCCGGUUCGCUGAGUGUCAUCCGGUCCCUUCGCGGGCAGCUGAAGGAGGUGCAGAAGCUUCAGCUACAGUGCAGCCUGGAGAUCGGCAAGCUGGAGCGGCGGAAGCGUCGCGUGCACGAUGUUCUGCAGCGCUUGGACUGCCUGGAGCACGUAAGGCAAUGCCGACCGUCGAUUCAGAUGCUACUCCAGGGCCGUGACUUCAUCACAGCACUGGACCUCAUCGACAGUACGACCUCGGCCUUUCAGACGAAUCUCCAGGGAGUG